AUGACGCAGAAGAGCAAUCAGUUCAAGGGGCAAAAGAAGAAGACUGUUGCUCUAAAUCGCCAUGGCAAAUCAGUUCAAAAUCGUAAAGGGAGGAGAUUCAUGAAACCAUCAAAGACGACAAAAGAGUUAGACACCGAUCGGGAGCUUACAAAGUUCAUAAACCAUUGCAAUGAAGUGAAAGCAGCAAAUGCGGCUUGCAAAGAAGGUGGUCAACUUAAUAUCCUCAAAGCCGAAUCUCAAGCUGAGCCAUCCAAGAAAUCCGCCAAAUAG